AUCCUUUCAUUUUUUAUUUCCAACACGCGUCUUAUCCACAACCAAAUUUUACUUCGCACACACACACACACACACCGAUACCGCAACAAAUAAAGAAUGAGCAUCACUAUAGACAAAGCAUUACCGUCACCACAAGUAUUACAGAAGCAGCAGCAGCAUGUUUUAUGGAAAGCAAAAGUCGAUCUCGUCGGUGGACCCACUAUCCAAGCAACAGCGAUUCUCCAACACCUAACGCCGCCCAGCCCUAAUACUGCACCACCAACAGCACCGGCUAACGGCCACCUUCGUUUUCUCCGCCCAGUAUCACUACCCUCCAUCCCACCAUUACUCCUGACACCCGCAUGUUUCGCUCUCUACCUGAACGCAGAAACCCAAGAUUCGCAGCAAUACAUCAACGGCCUAAUACACCGAAUCCUGCCCCUUUCCACACACAACCCCGCGAAGGAGCAGUUGGUUCAUACAGGCUCUCAGGCUAUUCUCGCCCAUAUGGAGGUUUCCCAAGGCUCAUCUGAUAACGAUGAUCCGUUCGCAAAGGAGUCGAUUGGUGCGGUGGUUGACUGGCUGUUGCCUGCGGGCGCCAAUUGCUCGUAUGCGUUGGUGUAUGUGGUUUGGCAGAAUAUGCAGUGGCAGCUGGUUCUUCACCUGCUCGCGCAGCCGUUGGAAUCGGUAGAUUUUGGGGUUCUUUCCAAUAACCACUGUGGAGAAAAUAGCGAGAGUAAUGGGGAGGAAAAUGAGCUUGGUGUGGAGAUGGAUUUUGUCAGAUUGUUGGCGCGCAAAAGCAACAGUAGCGAGCAGGCCCGGAUGCAACAGCGGGCAAUGUCAGCCGAGAGUUUCCUAAUCCACGACCCCAUCAGACCACAAGAAGACUCAGCAUCAAUAAACAUUGGGCUAAGGAGGGUAGCUGGAUGCAAUGGCAAGAUGACGCUGACGGAUAUCGAAGCACUAAUGCGCCAGCAAAGCCUACGCUCAGACACCCCACCACAGCCUGCUUCUGUUUUGCUUUUGGAGAAGGAGAGCGAGGAGAUGGAAAUGGAGAAUAAAAAAAUAGCAAAGCAGCUUAUUAUUGCUGCAUUGAAGGAGCGGGGCGUCGGCAGGAGCCAUCCGGACUUUGCCGCUUUAUGGAGCCAGAUCUAUCGCAGUCUCAAAUUCGCUCUGCGCGACAAAAUCGGCCGCCGUGGGUACACACCGCGCGAGCUCCAGGCAGAGGCCAACAAGCAUGCUGACUUUUACUGUACAUAGAAAUAAAACCUUACACGAGGAUCUCCGUGCCCCGUCAUGUAUUACCAAAAAAAAUCCAAUUGAAAAUAUUUAUAAAAA